AUGCCAUGGCAUUCUAUUUUUCAAUCACCUUUUAAAGGUGUCAUUCUAUUAGAGACUGGCAUUCAAAUAGAGAGUGGCAUUCUAUUUUUCAAUCAUCUUUCAAGGUGGCAUUUUAUUAGAGACUGACAU